GCCGUAAAAAGUCCCCACCACCAAAUUGGUAAGUUCCUGAUGCAGGAAAGUCACAAGGCUAUCGUUUGAGAGGACACGGGAUUCAAGACAUUCCUGUUGUCAAACAGUACUAGCCAGUGCUCACGUCUGUUGUUCGACUCCGACGACUCCCCAUAUUCCAGCACAGACCGUUAUCGCCCAUUACUAGCAGUCGAGCAAAAGUCAAAGUCCUUUCAGCGCAAAUCCUGGACAUAGUCACCACACGGAGUGGACUGUUAUCUUCAAUGAUGGCUACACAACCAAAAACUACCUUUGCGCAACAAUCGGUUUGGGGUGCAGGAUUCCAGGAUUUUAGUGGCUCCGACUCCCCAGUGGUGUUUGUAAAACUCCGUAUUGAAGGUGCGAACAAGACCAUCUUCGAAGGUUGCGUGCCCACCUUUGGCCAUUCUAUCACGACUGCUUCUGGUGGAAAGCAUCACUGCGACGGCACCAAUAACCACACCCCUGUCAAACUAGGACCUACAUGCACCACCGCAUUGAACGACGCAAGUAAAAUCCAUAGAUUCGAUUUUGACGCUACUUUUUCCCCCGACUAUGACGACUAUUUCAUAACGUCCAUUGGAGGAGAUAAGGGGACCACUACUCAGGCUUGGAGUCUUAUUCUUAAUUACCAACAGACUACCAAGGGAGGGUGCCAAACAAAAGUUUCCAAAGGCGAUGAAAUCCUUUGGGCCUUCGAUGCUUACCAUAAAACGCACUUCCUCAAGCUGGAAGCACCCUCUAUCGUGAAAGCCGGGACGACUAUUUUACUGACUGUAACUGAUGGAAAGAACAAGGAUGUUUGUGUGCAGGGUGCCACUGUAACGAGGAGCGAUGGUUCAACUGGCACGGUAGUCGGCACCAGCGACAAGAACGGUACCGUUUCCGUUCACUUCCCCGAUUCAGGGGUUUUCUCGUUCAAAGCUAGUAAAGACGACUCGAUUCGUUCAAAUAGUGCUAUCAUCUUUGUUACUGAUGCUUAAUGCUCAGCUUUCACGAUAACUAAAAAGAUUCCUUUAUUACUUUGGUAUAUGUAGAUAUGUAUCCAAUAAAAUCAUAUAUGGUUCGUCCAGU